AUGGUCUAUGGAAUCGAGACGACGCACUCCAAACCACCACCAGUGGUGCUCUUCGGCUAUGAUUCAAGCCCAUUCACCAACAAAGUCCGCCUAGUUCUACGAAUAAAAAAACUCCCCUUCUCCUACGUCGCCGUUCCCUCGAUGAUGCCGCGCCCCUUACUGCUAAAAACCUUCGGCGUGUCCUACCGCAAAAUUCCCAUUCUCGCCAUCGGCCGAGAAAUAUACUGCGACACAUCCCUCAUCAUCGAGGCGCUAGAACACUACUUCCCCUCAUCCUCCUCCUCCUCUUCCUCAUCCUCUUCUUCCUAUGGCUACGGGACUAUCUAUCCCCCAGUUUCUAUUUUCUCGUCUUCUCCUUCGUCUCCAACUUCGACAUGGGACUACCGCCCCCUAGCCCGGGGUUUCGCAUCCUUCUGGACCGACAAGCCUCUCUUCCGCACCACCACCGGCCUCAUCCCACAUACAGUCUGGGAGUCUGCAUUCGGUACCGAUCGCACGCAGUUAAUCGGGCACCGCCUUGACCCGGAGAAGCUCAAACUCAAGGUUCCGCAGAAUCUUGGGACGUUCGAUCUUCACCUCUCCCUUCUUGAACCUAUUUUCUCCGGCAAGAGUGGAAGUGGGUGUGGGUGGGUGUUCCCGACGUGUGGUCCGAGUUUAGCGGAUAUCAGUCUUUAUUAUCAGAUUAAGUGGGGUGCUGACAUUGCGGCUGGGAAGGGGAUAUAUAACUUGACAGGAAGCGGGACACCGGACACCGAUACUGAUAUCAUGAAACCAGUUUGGAAUGAGGAGAGGUAUCCAGGGUUGUGGCGGUGGUUCCACGCUUUUGAGGAGUACAUCGGCGGAUUGCCGGAUCUGGAGGUCGUGGUGAGGGAGGGGGAUGAGGCGUGGAAUGAGGAUUUGAGGGAGAAGGAGCUUUGGGAGGAGGAGAGGAUGUUGGUUCCUGCUGCUGUGGGGCCGCAUGGGAGUCUGGACAAAGAACGCGGGCUUGUGGCUGGGGCUAUGGUGUCGGUUGUGCCGGAUGAUACGGGGAGGGAUAAUCCGAUGGUAGGGAGGCUGGUGGCGAUUGGGGUCGAAGAGGUUGUCAUAGAGCCGGAGAAGGAGGGAGAGGUGAACGUUAGGGUGCAUUUUCCAAGGUUGGGGUUCGUGGUCAAAGUAGUUGAAGGGGAGAAAGCGAAGUUCUGA